AUGAAAAGUUCUCCUCAUCGUCCUUCCAUUGAACUCUUGUUCAAGAGAGGCCUCGGAAGUGCUGAGAUCGCUCGACGCCUUCAAAUUUCGUCUUCGACGGUUCGAAACGUUGUCGCUGCUAUCAAAAAGCGAGGAGAUGCUUCUGAAGUAAAAAAAAGCGGACGUUCUGUCAACACCCGGAAUACUCGUGCAAUCAUCAAGAAACGGAUCAUUCGAAAUGAUGGAUUGAGUCUCAAUAGGAUGGCGUCACAGCUUGGAAUUGCCCGAUCCACUGUCCAAUCGAUUGUCAAGAACGACUUGAAGCUUAAAAGUUACAAACUACGUCGUGGACAGUACCUCUCGGACAAAUCGAAAGCGAUGCGACUCGAAAAAUGCCGAAAAUUACUCCAGCACUUUCAA